UUCCUAUUGGUAGCCACAGAGGGAGGGGCGGGGCAGAGGUGAGCGACGACGAUGCUGGCCAAUAGGUGCGCAGAAGACGGAGAUGGGCGGCAGCAGGAGCACUUCCUGGAGACGAGCCGGGGGAGCUGUGUGGAGGUUCCGCCCCAGCCGCCAGGAUGAAUGUUGGGGUGGCCCACAGCGAGGUGAAUCCCAACACACGGGUGUUGAACAGCCGUGGCAUCUGGCUGGCCUACGUGAUCUCGGUGGGAGUUCUCCAUAUCAUUCUCCUCAGCAUUCCGUUCUUCAGCAUUCCCGUGGUCUGGACCCUCACUAAUGUUAUACACAACCUGGUGAUGUACUGGUUUCUUCACACUGUGAAAGGAACCCCCUUUGAGACGCCGGACCAGGGCAAGGAUCGCCUGCUCACGCACUGGGAACAGAUAGAUUAUGGGACGCAGUGCACCUCCUCCCGCAAGUUCCUCAGCAUCUCACCAGUAGUUCUUUACCUCCUCACCAGCUUUUAUACCAAAUACGACCCUGCACAUUUUAUAAUCAACACAACGUCCCUCCUCAGCGUCCUCCUCCCCAAGCUGCCCCAGUUCCAUGGCGUGCGCAUCUUUGGCAUCAACAAAUACUAAGAUUCAGCGCUGCCCAGCCGGGUGCGAGGGAAGAGAGGGCGCAUCCCAGCAACCUCCUGCUCUGGCGAAGGAGUAACGAACCCAGCGUGAGGGUGUGGUCCUGAUUGUGAACUAGGGCGGCCAUGCAAGCAAGGGACCAGCCAGUGCCUGAGCCACGUGGAGGGAUUAUUUUGCCAGGGGAUUAAGUUACUCUCCGUAAUAAUCAUCGGUAUUUGGGCUUUAUCUUUUGUUUGGGUGGAGAGAGCUGUGAGGAGGGAGGGGGUCUAAGUGUCGCAUGAGCGACCCUGUCAGGUGUCUACCCCUCAUGUAACUGCGACAUGCCCAGCGGGAGGGAAAUAGCCAGUCUGUGCAUCCUCCCCCUCCUUGUGUUUUAUAAACUUCUACUGUAAUAAAGAUGUUUUAGAGACAA